UGUCCCAUACAGAACCGAUUGAUCACAUGGCAUGUCACGAUGUUAGCAUUGUCACUGGUUGGCAUUUCACAAUCACACCCUAAGUAUAGCCCACGAUAGGUAAUUGAGGCAGCAAAAAAUAUUCCCUGCGGCGGUCAGGGGGAGCGAUUUAUGCUAGCUAACUGCUAAGGGAACUAACUGUAGCCUUUGCCUUGUUCAAUUCUGUAUUCUGAUCUAGACUAUAGUUAUUGCCAGAUUUCUUGGUCGUUCAAAUUUGUUUCUUGGUGCUCGUGGAGCAGCACAUCCAUGACCCGACUUGUUGAUUGUCAGGAGUGGGUUAGCCAGCUGGUGGGCCGAGCAGAGAACUUCCAAUUCUGCUUGUCCUGGCAGGAAACCUAGUAAAGGAUCAUGGGUAACACAGGCGACCGGAUGUCCGGAGACCGCCAUGGCGCCAAGGCCCAUCGCUCUGACAGCAGAGACAAAGACCACGAGCCCAGCAAGAUGGUGGAUAGCACUGAUGACCCUAACAUCUUCAACACACACGGUCUGGGGUCCUCCAAGGUGUCGGACAAGGAGGAGCCCGACCUGGAUGACCUGGUGAAGACCGGGCCUCAGUCCAGGCCCACGGUCAUCCGCUGGGCCGGAGGAGGGAAGGAGGUCUACAUCGCUGGAUCCUUUAACAACUGGGGCAACAAGAUCCACCUCAAUAAGAGCCACAAUGACUUUGUAGCGAUCCUGGACUUGCCAGAGGGAGAGCACCAGUACAAGUUCUUUGUGGACGGACAGUGGGUCCAUGACCCCUCAGAGCCUGUGGUGACCAGCCAGUUGGGCACCAUCAACAACCUGAUUGAGGUGAAGCAGUCGGACUUUGAGGUGUUUGAUGCUCUGCAGGUGGACUCUCUGGAGUCUACCGACACCUCAGACUUGUCCAGCUCCCCUCCAGGUCCCUAUGGACAGGAGCAGUACAUGUUCAGGCCUGAGGAACGCUCCAAAGCCCCGCCCAUCCUCCCCCCACACCUCCUCCAGGUCAUCCUCAACAAGGACACUAACAUCUCUUGCGACCCAGCCUUGCUGCCUGAACCUAACCAUGUGAUGCUCAACCAUCUGUAUGCGCUCUCAAUAAAGGAUGGAGUGAUGGUGCUCAGUGCGACUCACAGGUAUAAGAAGAAGUACGUCACAUCUCUGCUCUACAAGCCCAUCUAACCUGUGUGUGUAGGUGCACAGUGCUAUAGAGGGCAGCAUGUUAAUACUGCACUGGGUUUAUCCAUGACAUGUAGUUGAGAUUGGACUAAACUAACAGUUUACAAAAGAGCUGGAGGCCUGUGGCUGAGAGGCAAAUCUCAAGACACCCUUUUCCCUGUAGAGUGCAUUACACAAUGUAGCACUCAGCAAAUGGGUUCAAAGUAGUGCACUCAAUGUGGAAUAGGGUGUCAUUUGAGCUUCAGCCUGUGACUUCACAAGGAGAAAUACUGAAAUUGGACUGUGGCGUUUUCCCAUAAUGCACCCAUAGUUGAAUAGCAAUAAGGGACUGAAAGAAACCACUGUGUGUGUUUGUGUGUGCAGCACUUAGGCUGCGUUUACACAGGCAUCCCAAUUCUGAUCCUUUUUUCUACUAAUUGGUCUUUUGAUCAAUCAAAUCAGAUCUUUUCACAUCAGAUCUUUUUCAGAGCUGAUCUCAUUGGUCAAAAGACCAAUUAGUGGAAAAAAUAUCAGAAUUGGGCUGCCUGUGUAAACACAGCCUUAGAUUCUUUGUGGGUGCGUAGAAAGAACAUUUGAUUCCAUUAAAAACAUAAGGGUUUGAAGACAAGUCUGCUGAUGGGACUGUAAAACACAUAUAAUCAACAUGACGUUUUAUUGAAUUAGCUUUUGAAAGGUUAUGUACACGGAAAGAGGGCAGUUGAAUGUUUCUGGCUUGGAUUUAGUGUCCCAAUAGUGUCCCAUUCUUUCUCCAUAUUUUUAUUGUAAUUGGACGGUGACUAGACGAAAUGGAGGAUUCUGCAGGGUCUCCCUUGUUAUUAUUGUAAUUGGACAGUGACUAGACUAAAUGGAGGAUUCUGCAGAGUCUUCCUUGUUAUUACUGUAAUUGGACAGUGACUAAAUGGAGGAUUCUGCAGGGUCGUCUUUGUUAUUACUGUAAUUGGACAGUGACUAGACUAAAUGGAGGAUUCUGCAGGGUCUUCCUUGUUAUUACUGUAAUUGAACAGUGACUAAAUGGAAGAUUCUGCAGGGUCUGCCUUGUUUGAUUCCAAAGGGACGAUGACCACUGAUAAAAUCAGGAUAUGCAAUUGGAUAGGCUGUGUAAUUUUAACAGAACUGAAGUAUAACAAACUAUGGGUAUUAAAUGGUAUAUCCCAUUGAAUCACUUUAAACUAAAGGCCUCAUAUUACAUAUCAAGUAGGAGUUGUGAAAUGUUGCCCUUUGUCCUGUAGAUCUCUGCUUAGUUCUGCUAUUGCCUUCAUGAAAGGAUGCUGCAAGCACUUUAGCUACACGUGUGUCUCCAACAAAUGCUUUGAGCAGGACUGUUGACAUAAACCUUUAACUAUGCAGAUACACAGACACAUCUGGUAGCUUUACAUUGAACCUCAGUGUCCAGUCUGCAUGUUAGAGAUGGAUAAAUAGCUGUUCUGUGUGAGGUUUUUUUCUUCAUUCUAUUUUCUAUUUAUCCAAUAGAAAUCGAUGUAUCUGUUACAUUUUCUGUAUUUAUAGCAAAGAAACAAAACAAAUAAUGGUUUGUCUUGAAUGUCGUGCAUGAUUUGAAUGUCUAAUACGAACAGUUUACUGUGGAAUGUGUGGUGGAUUUCACAACUGUGAUUCUAUCAAGAUUAAACAUUUGUGGCAAAUUGCCAAUAUUGAUUUCAUAAGAAUGUUAAGUGUAAUUUACUUUCAUCGAUAAUGUUAAAUGAUGUUAAACUACUCAGAUUUGACCAUAAAUGUAUUUAAUUUUGAUCAUUUUAAGAGAAUAGUGUACCUAUUGCUAGGUAGGUGAUAUACUCCAAAGAGAAGAUAAUAUAUAAUUACAUAUUUUAUUUGAAGAAACUGAGAAAAAGCUAUAUCUCGCUCGGUUUGAGAAUAUAGGAUAUUCUGGUGCUUUAUUCGGCAAAAAACAAAACUUGAAUUUUAAAACUGUUAGCUAACAUGUUUGUUUUUGAAAAUACUUUGCAGCAUCACUGUGUAAAGCCAUGUAUUAUAGAAGGUUGUUUCACUUGUUUGCAAAUAAAAAGGGAAGAUGUGUUGACCCUGAAUAUCA